GUGUGAGAGCGGCGGAGUACGGGUUAUAGGGAUGAUAGUGAGGGCCAUGAAGUGAAUGUUUGACCAGAGACCGGAAACUAUUAAUUUACCAAGAAUGAGUCGUCUUGUGGUUUUGCUCGUGCGCUCGGAGGCAGCGGAAUCAGAUGUCUGAUCUCACUUCUGCUUCUAAUAUGUGACCGAACGUCCCCUCCAUAGUGGAUGAACUGAUCAGAGACGACUAUUAUACAGGUCGCCCAUGUUUCUCGGCAGCAGUCGGACGCCGGCGGAGUAGCCUUGAGGGCGCUUUUCGUGAUGGGGCGCAGGUGACAGCAUCUGAGGAUGCCCUUCACUGAUAAGCUACGUGAGAAGAUAUCACAGGCCUUCUACCGCCAUGGUCUGCUGUGCGCGUCUUACCCGAUCCUGAUCAUCGUCUUUACAGCGUUGUGCAUCGUAGCCUGCUGCUCUCCUCUCCUGAAGCUUCCUCUGCCUGGCACCGGACCCGUGGAGUACAUCACCCCCGUGAAGGAUUACUCUCCACCCCCAUCAGAACGGAGCCCGGACGACCGCAGCGAUCGCCCAGACUGGUAUCUCGGUCGUCCUGUCGCCUACAUCCAGCAGGUUCUGGUUAAGGGGGUCGUGUCUCCGUGGGAUAAGGACUUUCUGGCGGUCGAUGUCUUUCGUUCUCCUCUCUCCCGAGUGUUCGGAUUGGUGGAGGAGAUCCGGAACCAUGUGCUGAGAGAACGGAACAGUGAGGAGAAAAGCCUGGAAGAUGUCUGCCUGCAGGUGACCGACCUUCUGCCGGGACUGAAGAAACUCCGAGACAAACUCCCAGAACAUGGCUGCCUCCUCCUGUCCCCGGGCAACUUCUGGCAGAACAACAGGGAACAAUUCAACAAGGACCCCGACCUGAUCCGGACCAUUCAGCAACAUGAACCCAAGACCCUGCAGACGUCUGCCACCCUCCGAGACCUGCUGUUCGGGGUGCCCGGAAAGCAGAGUGGCGUCAGCCUGUACAAUCGCAAGCGGAUCGUGUCUUACACCAUCACACUGGCGCUGCGCAGAUACGACGCAAAGUUUGUGAGCAGCCUGAGGACCCGUCUGCGCCAGCUCUACCCCAGCACCAACUGCACCACCCGCGGGCACAACAUCGUCCAUGUCCAUUUCAAGGAGGAGAUUGGAAUAGCUGAGCUGAUUCCUCUGGUCACCACCUACUUCAUCCUGUUUGCCUACAUCUACUUCUCCACCAGGAAGAUCGACUUGGUGAAGUCCAAAUGGGGCCUGGCCCUGGCUGCCGUAGUGACGGUCCUGAGCUCCUUGUUGAUGUCCGUGGGAUUGUGCACCCUCUUCGGGCUGACGCCGACCCUCAAUGGCGGGGAGAUCUUUCCUUAUCUGGUUGUGGUCAUUGGAUUAGAAAAUGUUUUGGUGCUGACGAAAUCUGUUGUGUCCACUCCGGUGGACCUGGAGGUCAAGCUCCGCAUAGCACAAGGGUUAAGUAAUGAGAGUUGGUCCAUCAUGAAGAACAUGGCCACCGAGCUGGGAAUUAUUCUGAUUGGAUAUUUCACUCUGGUUCCUGCUAUUCAGGAGUUCUGCCUCUUUGCUGUCGUUGGAUUGGUAUCGGACUUCUUCCUGCAGAUGUUCUUCUUUACCACCGUUUUAUCCAUUGAUAUCCGCAGAAUGGAGCUCGCCGACCUGAACAAGAGGAUGCCAGCCGAGGCCUGCAUGCCCCCAUCCAAACCUUUAUCUCGUCCACCGAAAUACGAGCGUCAGCAAGCCCUGCGCCCCAACACCCCCCACACCAUCACCCUGCAGCCCCUCCGGAACCUGCGCCUGCCCAAAAGACUUCGCCUCAUAUACUUUUUUGCCAGGACACGAUUGGCGCAGCGGAUCAUCAUGGCGGGCACCGUGGUGUGGAUUGGCAUCCUGCUGUAUACAGACCCUGCCGGCCUCCGCACCUUCCUUACCACAGUUCAGGUCACAGAGCAGAGCCCUCUAGGGGGCGCUGUAGUGCCGCCCAUUCCUGUGCCCGUUAUGCCAGCUUCCGACCCCCAGAGCUCCCUCUCUAUCCUCCCCACCGGCUCCUCCCAGCUCCUGGAGAACCAGUCUCAGAGAGAUCACAAGGAGGUGAUGGAGACCCUCAGGGGGGCAUUGGAGGGAAACUCACGGGGCGGCUGGGCAGAGGGGCAGCGCAAGGACCAAAGCAACGUCGUACCAGAGUUCAAAGAGGACCAGACCUAUACAAAGGUCACUUGGGGCCCUGAAGAUGAAGAAACCUGGAGGAAACUCUCGUUCCGGCACUGGCCGACUCUCUUCAGCUACUAUAACGUUACGCUGGCAAAGAGGUACAUAAGUAUCUUACCCAUGAUCCCCAUCACUCUGUACCUGACCCCGGAGGAGGUUUCGGAGGCCCGGCACCCCCAUGAGGUCCAGCACUCUCAGAUAUUUCAACCCCAGCAAGAUGGACGCCCGGAGGAAACCAAAGCUGCUCCUUCUGCCUCCAAAUCCCAGAGCUCCGUGGAUGUCACCUUAUACAAAGUCGGGGCGCUGGGUUUGGCCUCCGGAAUCUUGUUGGUUUUACUUUUCUUCUGUCUCUACCGACUGUUGUGCCCCAAAAACUACGGACAGAACGGUCUGUCUCACAGCCGGCGGAAGAGAGGUGACCUGCCCUGUGACGACUAUGGGUACUCACCCCCCGAAACGGAGAUCGUGCCCCUGGUGCUGAGAGGUCACCUGAUGGACAUUGAGUGUCUCGCCAGUGACGGGAUGUUAUUAGUCAGCUGCUGUCUGGCCGGUCAGAUCCGCGUGUGGGACGCUCAGACUGGAGACUGCCUCAAUGUCAUACCCAAACAGGGGCUCCGCAGGGAGAGCAGCGGGAUCUUCGAGUACCAGGACACCUGGGAUCAGUUCUCUGACUGUAAAUACAACCCGGAGGACUCCCUGGAGAACGGUCACCUGAAGAGACGCAUCCUCCCCUCUCAGCCGCCGCUCUUCUACGACCAGCCCGAUCUGUCCAGUCUGAUUGAUACCAACUUCUGCGAGCAGGAGAAGCCGGAGGAGCCGGAGGGCGGGCGGCAGCCGGAGGUGAAGCAGGAGGUGGAAUGCGGCGGCUAUGACUUCAGCAGUCUGGUGCAGCGCGUCUAUGAGGAGCAGGGACCGUCCUGCAGUUAUUCUCCAGUCUUCUCUCCCGCUCCCUAUGGACACUGCCAGCAGAUUCUGUCCCGGAGCCGCUCACCUGGGAGUCGGUCCGAUGGCGGCGGCGGCUGCGCUUCCUUGAGGAGGAAGAGCUCUGCUGAGGAGCUGGUGUUCUGUAAUGGGACGUCUUCCCCGGUUUCUGGUUGGGCAGAAGAUUUGGACAGCUCGGUGUGGAGUUUAGGACUUCAGGGAAACCUCAUUGUAGCCGGGAGGAGUAACGGGAAACUAGAGGUCUGGGACGCUAUAGAAGGGGUUCUGCGCUGCAGUAACGGUGACGGUCAGAGCGGAAUCACAGCGCUCGUCUUCUUGAAUCACAGGAUUGUAGCCGCUCGGCUCAAUGGCUCCCUGGAUUUAUUCUGUCUGGAUUCCCAGAAAUCCUCCAGUCAGUUACAGUUCAGAGGAACGUCUACCCGCGGCGCCGUGCCCAGCUCUCCGCUCUACUCCAGCGAUGACAUCAUCCGCUGUCAGAUGACGCAAACUGUAGCCUGCGCCCACCAGAAGCCGAUUACAGUGUUAAAGGCAGCGGCCGGGCGCCUGGUCACCGGCAGUCAGGACCACACCCUGAGGGUGUACCGCUUGGAGGACGCUUGCUGCUUGUUCACACUGCAGGGUCACUCAGGAGGGAUCACCGCCAUCUAUAUAGACCAGACCAUGGUCCUGGCCAGUGGGGGGCAGGAUGGAGCCAUCUGUUUAUGGGACGUCCUCACUGGGAGUCGCGUCGGUUACAUGCACGGACAUCGAGGAGACAUCACCUCUCUGUUGUGCACGGCGUCCUACGUCAUCAGCAGCGGCCUGGAUGAUGUCAUCAGUAUAUGGGACCGGAGCUCGGGGAUCAAGCUGUACUCCAUACAGCAGGACUUGGGUUGCGGCUCCAGUUUGGGUCUGAUCUCUGACAACCUCCUGGUGACGGGCGGUCAGGGCUGCGUGUCGUUCUGGGACAUCGGCUACGGCGACCUCCUCCAGACUGUUUACCUGGGCAAGUGCGAGGAGGCUCAGCCGGUGCGCCAGAUCCUGGUCCUGGACAACGCCGCCAUCGUCUGUGACUUUGGAAGCGAGCUCAGUCUGGUCUACGUCCCAUCAGUCCUGGAGAAGCUCGACUGACCCCCCUGGGAACUGUAGGGAUCAGGUGUAACCCCUUCCUAUCCGUGGACCUACACUGAAGGGGUUACUCUGUCCCCAGACGAUGAGCUACACCAAUAUACCCAUACACGAGUUUCUAACUUCUAUACUUCCAAUGGAAUUGUACAAUUUUUACAGCUCCCCCAUUUUCUCGGGUCCAUCCUCCUCGCCUUGUGUGGAGACGUGAUGAUGGUGGCGCCGCCCCCCACCCCAGAAAAUGCAGGACGACCCCGGAAACGAUUCGUAAUGAAUCUGUAGCACUUCACGAUCACGUGACAGGUGUCCUGCAGAGUGACGCUCUCUCUAUACAUUAUCGGUGCGGCGCAUCGUGUGUGGUCCCCCCCCCCCCACCACCACAAGGUGGUCAUAGUGGUGGAAGAAUUGCAGGGGGAGGGGAUUCUAUUAUAACACAUGGGAGACACCUUUGCACGACGCCAUCUUGACAGGCACCUUUGCGCGACGCCAUGUUGAUGGGCACCUUUGCGCGUCGCCAUGUUGAUGGGCACCUAUGCGCGACGCCAUGUUGACGGGCACCUUUGCGCGACGCCAUGUUGACGGGCACCUUUGCGCGACACCAUGUUGACGGGCACCUAUGCGCGACGCCAUGUCGACGGGCACCUGGAGAAGAGCGGUCAGAGUCUCUUUGCUAUGAACAUGCUGCACUAUUAAAUGAUACUGAGUAUCUAGACGCACUUCAUUACCGGAACCGUGUACCUGACUGUAGGCGGCGGCGUCCUUUGGCCAGUAGACUUCUGGGUAGGGGGGUGAGCGGGCGAUGGCGGUGUAAUGUGCACCCCCCUAACCUGCGGGGAACACUGAAGGCUCUUCCCUAUCUUUAUCCUUUUUUAUAUGCAUGAGAAGUAACAGUCUGCAGGAAAAGUAAUAGUCUGCAGCUGUUCUUCUCGCUGCGUUAUACAGCAGGUCCAGGAAUCGUAUUUAUAAGCCCGACCCCACGGACCUGAAUAGUGUUGAGCGGACGGAUCGCCCGUUGAUUGCUUUAGCGUAUGUUAGUUUCUUUUGGGUAUCUGAAAGACACAACUCCCAGCAUGCCCUGAUAGCCGUCUGCAGUCUGAGCAUACUGGGAGUUGUAGUUUCCAUCCAGCUGGAUAGUCACGUGUUGGAAAUCAUUGCCCUAAAGCAGUGUUUUCCCAACUACGGCGCCUCCAGCUGUUGCAAAACUACAACUUCCAGCAUGUCUAUACAGCUGUCUGUAGUCUGAGCAUACUGGGAGUUGUAGUUUCGAUACAGUUGAAGAGCCAUGUGCUGAGAGACCAUUGCCCUAGAGCACUGUUUCCCAAUUAGGGGGCCUCCAGCUGUGCAAAACUACAACUUCCAGCAUGUUUAUACAGCUGUCUGCAGUCUGAGCAUACUGGGAGUUGUAGUUUCGACACAGUUGGAGAGCUACAUGGUGGAAACCAUUGCUCUAGAGCAGUGAUCUUCAACCUGCGGACCUCCAGAUGUUGCAAAACUACAACUCCCAGCAUAAAUUUUUUUUAUAUAUUAUUUUUUUUCUCUUUUUAGAUCAGUGUUUCCCAACCAGGGUGCCUCCAGCUGCUGCAAAACUAGAAUGCUCAGCCAGCCAUCUGUAGUCUGAGCAUACUGGGAGUUGUAGUUUUGGCUCAGCUGGAGAGCCACGUGUUGGAAAAAAAUUGCCCUAGAGCAGUGUUUCCCAACCAGGGUACCUCCAGCUGUUGCAAAACUUCAACUCC